AUGGCGGCACAGGCGAAUUUGCGACAAUUGUACCCGCCGACGAGUGCAUAUGCAGUGGGGCAGGCAACGAGUUUUAUGCGUGAUUUCCAACCUGGAGGAGGAGCAAAUCGUCCGGAAUCAUCGACGCCGGUCACAACAGCCAAUUGGGUCGCUCCAAUGACGGGACUUACCAGCUCCACCCAGUGUCUUCCGCCAACCAUCAGCUCGGUGGGACAGCUUGAAAAUCACCCGAUGGGAAGAGCACCGCUCGGUGCUCAAACAAUGUUAUCCGCACAUAUCGACAACCGUGCUCCUACGUCUCGUCAACUGGCGGCGAGACAUGUUAUGCCAAAAGAACUGCCGUUGUUCAGUGGCAGCCCGGAAGAGUGGCCAAUGUUUUACAGUGCCUUUAAUACUUCCACGGAGGCGUGCGGUUUUAGUAACGUGGAAAAUCUCGGUCGUCUACAACGGUGCUUGAAGGGCGGUGCGCUCGAAGCAGUUCGCAGUCGUCUACUAUUACCUGCAUCAGUACCACAAGUGAUGCAAACGCUGCAACUGCUGUACGGGCGUCCGGAGCAAAUAAUCUACGCGCUGCUCCAGAAAGUUCGAGAAGUUCCAGCACCGAAAGCAGAUAAUCUGUCUACAGUAGUGGCCUUCGGGAUGGCGGUACAGAAUUUCUGUGAUCAUCUGGAGGCGGCAGGUCAAGUGGACAAACUUCCCGCGAAUCUGAAGCUAGACUGGGUGACUUUCAAGCGGCAGUUUCCUGUGGUCGACCUCCGUAUAUUCAGCCGAUAUAUGGCGAACUUGGUUUCGUCAGCUGCCGAAGUCACGCUUUCGUUCGAUCUAAAGGGAACACGACCGAAGAAGGAAGACAAGCAGAAAGGAUUCGUCAAUGCCCACGCUACUCCAUCUGGUGCAGCGGUUCCGGACAAAACCAAGGUGGAAUCUACGAAACCAGCAUCGCCAAUAAGCUGCUUAGUCUGCGGAAAUUCGGAUCAUCGCGUGAAGGAGUGUGACGUGUUCAGGAAGAUGGAUAGGGAUGAUCGCUGGAAAGCUGUUCACGGCAACUAUCUGUGUCGGAUCUGUCUCGGUAAACAUGGCAGAAAACCCUGCCGGUCUUCGGCACGCUGCGACGUGCAAGGGUGUCAAAUGCGUCAUCAUCCGCUUCUACAUGACGAUUCCGGACGUUCAUCGAUCCCUACCAAAUCACCACCGCAAAAAGGCGCCGGGGUGCAUCGAGGAAAUCCAACUGAAGGAGUGAAUGCGCACCAUUCCAAUAGUUCCACAAUGUUUCGCAUGUUGCCGGUACGACUCUUCAGUAACGGACGGAGUAUCGAAACGCUAGCUUUCAUCGACGAAGGCUCAUCGGUCACGCUGCUGGAGAAGGGAAUAGCUGACGCACUGGAGGUCGAAGGGAAGGAAAUGCGUCUAUGCCUGACGUGGACGAACAACAUCAGCCGUGAAGAAGAAUAUUCCCGUCAAGUGGAGGUGGAGAUUUCGGGCAUUGGAGGGGGCAAACGGUAUCCGCUGGACGACGUCAGAACUGUUGAAUCCCUGGCCUUGCCGGUGCAGACGCUACGCUACAAGGAGCUUUCUGAUCGUUUUGUACACCUGCGUAAGCUGCCGAUUGUGGAUUUCGAAGCUAAAGCUCCGGGAAUACUUAUCGGAGCGAAGAAUACUCGACUCACCGCCACCCAACAAAUCCGGGAAGGUCGUGUGGGCGAACCGAUAGCAGCGAAAACCCGUCUCGGAUGGGCAAUAUAUGGAUCGAUGCCGAACGGGAUCAACUACGCCAGCUGUAACUUGCACGUUUGCGGUUGCGCAUCCGACGACAGUCUACACGAGCUUGUAAAACAAUAUUUCACGGCUGAGAACGUAGGCGUUUCAGUGGAUAGGUGUCCCGAAUCGGAUGAAGACCAGCGAGCGAGGGCCAUACUCGAGAGGACGACAAGGAGAGUCGAAGGUGGAUUCGAGACUGGGCUUUUAUGGCGCUACGAUAACGUAGAAUUCCCGGAUAGUUAUGCCAUGGCCGUCCGACGGCUACGGUGUUUGGAGAAACGUUUCAAAGCAAAUCCUGCGAUAUUCGAGAAAGUCCAACGCCAAAUAGUCCAGUACCAGCAGAAGGGAUACAUCCACGAAGCUUCGAAGCAAGAAUUGACAGCAGUGGACCCGGGAAAGCGAUGGUACCUUCCGAUUGGCAUAGUGCAGAACCCCAAAAAGCCGAACAAGAUCAGAAUCGUGUGGGACGCAGCAGCGACAGUUGACGGCAUCUCCCUGAACAGUAUGCUGCUUAAGGGACCGGAUCUAGUGCAACCACUACCAGAUGUACUCUGGGGAUUCCGGGAGCGGAAGAUUGCCGUGGUGGGAGAUAUCAUGGAAAUGUUCCACCAGCUGAAAAUGCGACGCGAGGACCGAUACAGUCAACUGUUCCUCUGGCCCGGUGAAAAUGCUGCCUCUCUGAAGACCUUCGUUAUCGACGUAGCAACCUUUGGUUCGACGAGCUCUCCGUGCUCGGCGCAAUACGUAAAAAACCUUAAUGCGGCCGAACACGCGGAGGAAUAUCCGAGAGCAGCAGAGGCGAUCGAGCGCCGACACUACGUUGACGACUAUCUGCAAAGUUUCGACAGCGAGGAAGAGGCGUGCCAGGUGGUUGAAGAAGUCAAGCUGGUGCAUCGGCGUGGUGGAUUUACGAUCCGCAACUGGCUGUCCAAUUCUGUGGCAGUUCUCCGACGGGUCGGGGAAGUCAGUGCUGGUACAGUGAAGAUCGUCGACAAUGGCGGUUCCCAAAUAGAACGCGUACUGGGCAUGCAGUGGAUGGCGAGCGAGGAUGUUUUCGUUUUCUCCAACGAAGUCGACGUGGCGGCAGUCACUCCCACCAAGCGGGGCAUCUUGCGCUGCGUAAUGAGUCAGUUCGAUCCACUGGGGCUCCUCUCACACUUCCUCAUUCACGGACGUGUUAUCAUCCAGGAUAUUUGGCGCACGAAAGCUGGAUGGGACGAUACGGUCGACGAUUCGAUUCUGGAGCGUUGGCAGCUUUGGGCAACCAAGUUCAAGCAACUGAGAGCAAUACAGAUACCUCGUGCCUAUUUCCCGAGCGCAACAGCAACAGACAUCGAAGACUUGCAGCUGCAUAUCUUCGUCGACGGCAGCGAGACUGCUUACGCUUGCGUCGCCUACUUCAGGCCGUGA